UGUGACGUCACAGUACGGGGACUUCACAGACGAAGAAGAAGGUGAACGUGUUCCUACAUCGAUUGAUCUACUCAAUGGGCCUUUUACCAACGAUUGAAAAACAAUUAACUCUUCGAUACGUCCACAAUAUAUGAGGAACGCUCCUGUGGAGCUACAGGACUUGGAAACACGCAACGACAUUGUAAACCCGACAAUAAUAACAGCAAGUUCAUGAUAAGUGCAUCUGCGAAGUUGCACAAGCCGCCAUAUUUAUUGUUUUAUGAACAUUAUGAAGGAAAUGGCAGAAAUCACAGAUAUAACUGGUUUGGCUGAGUUAGCCCACAGAGAGUAUCAGGCAGGAGAUUAUGAGAACUCGGAGCAACAUUGCAUGCAGUUAUGGAGACAGGAACCAGACAACACUGGAGUCUUACUACUUCUGAGCUCUAUACACUUCCAGUGCCGUAAACUAGAAAGAUCUGCAUAUUUUAGUCAAUUGGCUAUAAAACAAAAUCCACUAUUAGCUGAAGCUUACUCCAACUUAGGAAAUGUGUAUAAAGAAAGAGGUCAACUUCAGGAAGCGUUGGAAAACUACAGACAUGCUGUCCGAUUAAAGCCUGAUUUUAUCGAUGGCUACAUCAACUUGGCUGCUGCAUUGGUUGCGGCUGGAGACAUGGAGCAGGCUGUCCAAGCUUAUGUGACUGCCCUGCAGUAUAACCAUGAAUUGUAUUGUGUAAGGAGCGAUCUUGGCAAUCUACUGAAAGCACUAGGAAGACUUGAUGAAGCCAAGGCAUGCUACUUAAAGGCAAUAGAAACACAACCAAACUUCGCCGUGGCCUGGAGCAAUCUGGGAUGUGUGUUCAAUGCUCAAGGAGAAAUCUGGUUGGCCAUUCACCAUUUUGAAAAGGCAGUGGCAUUAGAUCCAAAUUUCCUGGAUGCUUAUAUCAACUUAGGAAAUGUUUUGAAAGAAGCCAGAAUAUUUGACAGGGCCGUGGCGGCAUAUCUAAGGGCAUUAAACUUGAGUCCAAAACAUGCAGUAGUCCAUGGUAACUUGGCUUGUGUCUACUACGAGCAGGGAUUAAUAGAUCUGGCUAUAGAUACAUACAAGAGAGCUAUUGAACUGCAGCCAAAUUUCCCCGAUGCUUACUGUAACCUGGCUAAUGCAUUGAAAGAAAAGGGAAAGGUGCCUGAGGCAGAGGAAUGUUAUAACACUGCCCUCAAAUUGAGUCCUACACACGCAGAUUCCCUAAACAACUUAGCCAACAUCAAACGGGAGCAGGGGAAUACAGAAGAGGCUGUUAAACUCUACCUCAAUGCCUUAGAGGUUUAUCCUGAGUUUGCUGUGGCACAUUCUAACCUGGCCAGUGUGUUACAACAACAGGGUAAACUCCAUGAAGCCUUAACUCACUACAAGGAAGCUAUAAGAAUCUCGCCAACAUUUGCCGAUGCAUACUCCAACAUGGGUAACACACUUAAGGAGAUGCAGGAUAUCCAGGGGGCGCUGCAGUGUUACACACGUGCAAUACAGAUCAACCCCGCAUUUGCAGAUGCUCACAGUAACCUGGCAUCAAUACACAAGGAUUCAGGAAACAUACCUGAGGCGAUAUCCUCCUACAGAACAGCUCUGAAGCUUAAACCAGACUUUCCUGAUGCCUACUGUAACCUUGCCCAUUGUCUACAGAUUGUUUGUGACUGGACGGACUAUGGUGUGAGGAUGAAGAGAUUGGUAAGGAUUGUCCAAGACCAGCUGGAGAAGAAUCGGCUACCCUCAGUCCAUCCUCACCACAGUAUGCUGUACCCACUCACACACCAGAUGAGGAAAAACAUUGCUGCACGGCAUGCUAAUCUCUGUCUCGACAAGAUAAAUGUGUUGCACAAACCAGCGUAUGAUCAUGUAAGGGACACCAGAGCCAGCGGUGGACGACUAAGGGUCGGCUACGUCAGCUCCGAUUUUGGUAACCACCCAACAUCUCACCUGAUGCAGAGUAUUCCAGGCUUUCACGACCGUAAAAAUGUAGAGGUAUUCUGCUACUCGUUGAGCCCUGACGACGGGACAACCUUCAGAGCAAAGCUUUCUAGAGAAGCACACCAUUUCAUCGACCUGUCUCAGAUACCAUGCAAUGGUAAAGCUGCCGACAGAAUCCACGCUGAUGGUAUACACAUCCUCGUCAAUAUGAACGGUUACACCAAGGGAGCAAGGAAUGAAUUGUUUGCCCUGAGACCGGCCCCCAUACAGGUGAUGUGGCUGGGCUACCCGGGAACCAGUGGGGCAUCCUUCAUGGACUAUAUUCUGACUGACCAAAUCACAUCUCCACUCAAGCUUGCUGACCAGUACUCUGAAAAACUUGCUUACAUGACGGAAACAUUCUUUGUGGGUGAUCACAAGCAAAUGUUUCCCCAUCUGACGGACAAAGUGUUGGAGGAGGUGAACGGUGAAGUGUCGGACAAUAACAUCAUCUACAACGGUGUUGAUUUGGAGCCACUGAUGAAUACUGGAGAAGUUAAAUGGAUGACAAGAUACUGUGAAAAAGGUUCAACAACAGAUGAGGCUGAUGGAUCCCAAGGUGUGGUUACAUUCAAGACCAUGGACUUAGAAGUAUCACCGAUUCUAGAGGCAAUGAUAAUGAACAGCAUGCCUCUUUCCUACGUCAACAAUGUCACUAUCCAGAAUGGUGUCACCACUAAUCAGACAAACAACAAGUCUGCGACAGGAGAGGAAGUGCCUACAAACAUUGUUAUCACUGCACGCAGUCAGUAUGGUCUACCGAAUGAUGCCGUGGUGUACUGUAACUUCAAUCAGCUGUACAAGAUCGACCCCGCCACUCUGGACAUGUGGGUGGAGAUCCUCAAACGUGUGCCCAACAGUGUUCUCUGGCUGCUCCGCUUCCCUGCUGUAGGCGAGCCCAACGUCGUAAAGGCUGCCAUCAAUGCAGGACUGGGCCCAAAACGUAUCAUCUUCUCGCCUGUUGCUCCAAAAGAGGAACAUGUACGUCGUGGCCAGCUCGCUGAUGUUUGUCUAGACACUCCCCUGUGUAAUGGACACACAACUGGCAUGGAUGUUCUCUGGGCCGGUACCCCCAUGAUCACUCUCUCAGGAGAGACUCUCGCUUCAAGGGUAGCUUCCUCACAGCUGAUCACAUUGGGCUGUCCUGAACUGGUUGCUGAGACACGUGAAGAUUAUAUCAAUGUGGCAGUUAGGCUUGGUACAGACAGAGAAUAUCUGAGAAGGAUGAGGGCCAAGGUGUGGAAGGCCAGACUAUCAAGUCCUCUAUUUAACUGUCAACACUACGCUAACAACAUGGAGGGUCUUUACCGCAAGAUGUGGCAGAGAUACGAGGAUGGGCUGAAGCCUGACCAUUUAUCUGUCCACUGACCAGUUUUCCCUCAGAUUUACCAUUUCCUGUGCUAUGAUGACACCCAAGAUGUCACCAACAAUGAACGAUAAUAGAUUGACACUGGAGUAUGUUUUUGGAUGGUUAAUCAGCAGUGUGUAGGAGACAUCUCAAAUGUUUGCAGCUGGUGUACUCGAAUCAAAAAUUGAUCUUUUGCAAGUUUUUGUGGUUUCUUGCAGAAUAAUUGAGAAUAACUACAUAUACAUGUACAAAGCACAAUCCAGAUUUAAAGAAUUUUUGUGUUGGAUCAAUGAAAAAAAAAACCCAAAAAACAGGAGUAAACAAACAAAUGUUGUCAUCUGGAUUCUUUUUAGUGUACACUCUAAACGUGGAAUAUAUCAAAAGUGGCUGAUUCUUCUAAGAAGAAUAAUUGAAAAUAGAAAAUGUGGGUGUGAACCUAGUGAAUGGAUACAUUUAACCAUGUGUUCAGUGUAGCUCAUCUUCCUACUUUUAUGCUUUGCUUCUACUGUUUUUUUUCCCUAACGUGUUACAUAUUUUUGUUAUAGUUUGCAAAUUGUUGCAAAUUCAAAUAUCAGACAAAUGUCAACAAGUAUAUACAGUAUAACCUUGUAAUAUCGCCAACAUUUUGUCAUGGGAUAUUAUUUUCAGUUUUAAAUGAAUAUUGAUCAUUGCCUAAAGUGGUGAUUUGGAAUUAUGCAUUAAGCAUGGUACAAAAUUAAAAAGGGCAUUAUAGCAAGGUUGGCUGUGUAUCAUCUGAUUAGUUUCAUUAAUUUGUUUCGAGCACAUUGCUUUAUAUUAUAUAUGAUUUGUUUUAUGAAUUGUUUGAUGCAAAUUGCAAAAAACUGAGCUGAUAUGAAAAUAAUUGACACUUGCUGUUUUACACUAGUGAUAUAACGCUGUGCAGGUGAACAAAUAGUCAUGUCUUCCUCAAACGUUACUAAAUGGAGGUAACUCGCUGAGUUUAAGCUCACUUUCACAGAGUGAGUUUGUGUCAAGUCGUGGUGUUCCAUCAUUUGUCCGUUGUAACUAGGACUUCUCAAUGAAGCUUCAGGGUCAUGAUAAUUUAUAUCAUUUAAUAAAACAUUGAAGGCUACAGGGAUUAAAUAGGGUAAAAUGAUUAAACCAUUAGGUGUAGGAUCAUCUACCAUGAACAUAUUGGAUGAAAAUGAAAUCAGUUUAAGAUCUGCAUUAAAGAUUGAAAAAAAACUUCGAAAGUUACAUGAAUAAAGUCUUCCAAAGAAGUCUGUUUGUAAGGUAAUAACCUGACUUCUGAUAAAGAUAGUUUGUUUGAAUUUGAGGUACUCACCACGACGUUCAAAAAUGGUAAUAGAUGAGCAAUAAACAUUUUAUUGACCUCUUGUUCCGAAGGGGAGAUAUGACCAGGUGUAGAAGGGAAAUGGUACAAUAUUAUCUUUUAUCACGUUUGAUGUUACAGGUAUGAUGUUUUAAAGGUGAAUCUUACUGGAGCUGGUUUUAGUGAUUAGCUACAAUGAUUUCUUAGCUAUUCUGUCCAUUUCUAGCCAGAGUUUGGUAGUAUGGUUUAACCAUUUGUUUGUAUAGUUACAGUGAUUUGAAAGUGCUAGUUUGAAAUGAGGGUCAGGUGGCCUGUGCCAGGUUUGGAGGUGUGCAUGUUGAUGUAUAUGUAAGGAUCAAACAGCAUGUUUUAGAAGUGCGUAUCAGUGACCUGUGCUUGUUUGGAAGUAUGCAGGGCUCAAAUAGCCCUUGCUACUUUGGAAGUGUGUGUGAAUGUUUUGUAACCUGCUAGUGUGUGAAGAUGAUUUUGUGUACAAUGUUAGAAAGUGUGUGAGGCACAAUUUUGAAGUUUUACAUGAUAGGUGUGUAAAAAUGUUAUAGUCAUAGCUUCAUACAAAUGGUAGGAAAAGUGACUAGAUGUUUUACCAAUAUGCAAAAAAAGAAGAGUUUGUUUUAGAUUGAACCUGGUUUAAUUAAAUCUAUAGAUAUUUAUAGUACAUUAAUAUUUAUGUAUAGUUUUAUUGUGUUGUGUUUGUUAUCUACAAAUGAAUACUUUGUUGAAUUCUAUAUUUUAUCCGGUCACUUCUUCCUUAUUGGUCCUAUGGACUAGGUGAGAAAUAAAAAAUACUUGAAAAGCUU